GCAUGGAACAAUACCUUGAACAGCGGACGCAGCUGAUCAACGAGGAUCGCGCUCGCAGAGUCGACAGCCACCUGUUCAACCUGCAGGGAGACUCGACUGCCGCAAGGGCCGAUGCAAUCGUGCGCGAUAUCCGCAAGUUCGAAGCUGAUUCCAUCUGGAGUCAAGACUAUGAGGAUAUCGACCAUGUCUAUCCCGGCAUGGAGUUCCUCACAGCGAGGCAUAUCAUCGAAAAGACCAAGCUCUUCGAACUUCUCUGCAAGAUGCCCAAAGGCGCCUUGCUGCACGCUCACCUCGAUGCGAUGGUGAAUGUGAAUGUGCUGCUCAGGCUUGCGCUCGAGCACCCGGAACUUCAUGUCAAGGUCGAGACGGCCCUGACCAGCUCGUCUAUCUCGUCUGUUUUGCCUCAAUUUCGCGCCUUGGCACCAGCCGAGAUAGCAGCUGCAUCUGAGACGAGCUUGAGUUCUGAGAACUAUGACAACAGCUGGGUACAGCUGGCCAAAGCGAGAGAAACAUUCGAUCCUGCUUUGGGCGGCCCCGAGGCCUUCGACAAAUGGAUCAUGGGUGCCUUAACCAUCAAUCCCACUGAGGCCUACAAAACCCACUCAACAGUCCCUAAGAUAUGGAAGAAAUUUUCAAGCACGUUCCUCGUGUCAACUGGUCUCAUUCGUUUCGCGCCCGUCUGGCCACGUUAUAUCCGAGAGUUCCUCCUGUCAUCUGUGGACGAUGGCAUUUCCUACGUGGAAGCUCGGAUCAACUUUGUCUACAAAUUUAUGGUUGGCGCCGAUGGACAGGAGAACAUACCUCACCGCCAGUGGCUGGUCGACUUCGAGAAGGUCCUCAGCGAUGUGAAGGAUGAGCUGAAGCAGCAGGGCCGCGAAGACGAGUUCUUUGGCGCUCGGAUCAUCUACACGACGAUCCGAUACGUCAGUCCGGAAGAGCUCAACUGGUACCUGGAAGAUUGCAUUCAGUUGAAGAAAGAGUUCCCUCACCUUAUCGCAGGCUUUGACCUCGUCGGCGACGAGAAUGCCCUCAAGCCUCUGACAGACUAUCUCCCUCAGCUGCUUGCAUUCCAGGAACGUACGAAGGAACUAGGGCUUGACAUUCCCUUCAUCCUUCACGCUGGAGAGACCCUCGGAGAUGGCAGCAAAGCGGAUAUGAAUCUGUAUGAUGCCAUCCUAUUGGGUACAAAGCGCAUAGGACAUGGAUUCUCCCUUGUCAAGCACCCUAGACUGAUGGAAAUCUGUCGCGAGAAACAGAUCGCGCUCGAAGUAUGCCCGAUUUCUAACGAAAUACUUCGUCUCACGUCCUCUAUGCCGAUGCAUCCGUUCCCGACUCUACUGAACCACGGAGUUCCCGUGGCACUCUGCAGCGAUGAUCCCGCCGUGUUCGGCAGUAUGGGGCUUUCAUACGACUUCUUCCAGGUCCUGGUUUCCAGCGAGGUCACGGGCAUCUUGACGCUCGGGGAAAUAGCCCGCAAGAGCAUCGAGUAUACCACUUUAGAGCCAGCUGAGAAACAGCGUGCCCUGGCGCAAUGGCAGGCGCGGUGGGACAAAUUUUUGGCGGAGAUUGCGCAAAUCCAGACGUGAACGUACACAAACGGCCUUCAACUGGCCUUUUCAAGCUGAUUGCUGCCUUCAACUGGCACAAGCAGCACAUUGUCAUCAACUGGCGUAAGCGGUCCCUAGAGCCUUCGGCCCUCAACUGGCUUGUUUCUCGGAGCGCUGGCAAUCGGAUGUCCGGAGGCGGUGCUCACGGCAGACCAUGUGCGACUGCAGCGCUCUGUGACCAUCCCUGGCAUAUGCUAGACACGUCGAGCGAUGUGUGGGCCACGAGGGUCUAGUUGGGCGAGGAAACCAUGCUGUUUGGUAUAUUCUCCUGAUUCUCCUAGGCGCUCAUUCGUGGUGCCACCUGUUACCAUCUAUGAUUCGAGAACAGAGUGUAUUUCUAUGACGUCGUAUAAAUACAGCGUGAGGACGGUAUGCUCGGAGCGGUCGCC